AUGAAGGCCUCUGUUCAGGCUCUGGCUCUCUGGGGAAAGCAAGCCCCCGCCCACAGCAUCACCGCCAUCCUGAUCACGGAGGACCAGAGGACAGUCGUCACGGGGAGUCAGGAGGGGCCCCUGUGCCUCUGGAACCUGUCGCCAGAACUAAAGAUUUCAUCCAAACAAAUCCUCUUGGGUCACACAGCACCUGUGACAUGUUUGGCCAAAGCGAGGGACUUUGAGAAGCAGCCGUAUGUGGUCAGUGCCACGGAGAACGGGGAAAUGUGCAUUUGGAAUGUCACCAGCGGCCAGUGCAUCGAGCACACGCAGCUCCCCUUCAGGCACACGGCCAUCUGCUAUUACCACAGCUCGUUCCGAAUGACCGGAGACGGCUGGCUUCUGUGCUGCGGACAAUACAAUGACAUCCUCCUUGUGGAUGCCAGAACACUGACUGUCCUUCACACCCUGACAUCGUCUCAGUCUUCCAACUGGGUCAGCUGCAUGUGCUUGGUUCACUCCCCACGGAUCCAAGAGGAUUCCUUAAUUGCUGUAUCAGCUUCAGGAGACCUCAAGGUCUGGGACCUGUCCUCCUCGGUGACCAGGAUACAGGAGAAGCAGCUUGUUGCUGAGAGGGAGUCCAAGUCUCUGGACGGCACGUCCUGCCAGGCCAUCCGAUUCUGCCCCUACACCGAGAGGCUCCUCUUGGCUGUGUUCUCCAGCUGCUGGAAGGUGUACGAUUACUGUGAUUUCUCCUUGCUGUGGACUGAAUCCAGCCCCAGCAGCCAUUCCUGGGCUGGGGGAGAAGUCCUUGCAGCACACCAGCUGGUCGUUUGGACAGAGGCUGGCCAAGGCUACAUCUACCAGCUGCUGAACAGUUGCCUUUCACGGAGCAAACAGCCCCCCGAUCGAAGAGCGCUCACAGAAACCGUCUGUCCUCUUUUACUUUGUUCCACAGCUGUGAGAGAUAACGAGAGUUUCUCAUACGUGAUGGGCUUUAUGAAUGAAAGGAAGGAACCCUUUUAUAAGAUUCUUUAUUCUGGAGAUGCUUCUGGGAGAAUCACUUUGUGGCAUAUUCCCGAUGUGCCAGUUUCAACGCUGGAUGGCUCUCCAAAAGAGAUUCCAAUAGCGGCCUCCUGGACUCUGCAGGAUCACUUUGAUGCUCACGGUUCUGUGGCUGAAGGCAUCCUGGAUCCCCUCUGUGGGGCUGGCCAGGGGGGCAGGAGGGGCCCCGGCUCUUCCGUGUACAUCCCCAGUCUCGACAAGCUGGUGUGUGGCUGUGAAGAUGGGAGGAUCUUCAUUGUUCCGGCUCUGCAGGCCGUCAAAACCAGGCUGCUGGAAGAGGUCUCUGUGCUGAAAGACCCCCUGCCUCACAGGAUCCUCGCUGGCCACAGCAGCAGCGUCACUUCCUUGCUAUACCUCCGCGGCUGGUCUGCCCGCUUCGAUCCCAGCUGGCUGGUGUCCGGGAGCCAGGAUUCUUGUGUGAUCUGGUGGGACAUGUUUACAGGAGAGAUUUUACACCAGUUCUCUCUGCAGGCUGGCCCUGUCACCCAGCUGCUGCUGUCUUCCGAGAACUACAGAUUCCAGGGCCAGCGGAUUGUGUGCUGCCUGUGCAGUGACCACUCGGUGGCGCUGCUGCACUUGCAAGCACGAGCCUGCAUCCUGCACGCCAGGAAGCAUCUUUCCCCUGUGAGGGUGCUCCGGUGGCACCCGCUGGAAAACCUGCUGGUGGUUGGAUGCGAGAAUGACUCCGUUUCUGUCUGGGACAUUGAGACAGGAAUCCUGGAGCGGCAGGAAACUGGGGAAGCGGCCAAAGCCGUCCUUGCUGGCUGUGAAGACUCCCCCCUUUCCACGGCAGACUCUCUGCUCCUCCCCACCUUUGGGGAUGACACACACAGGCAGAAGGACACCGGUGGUGGUGGGCCCCCCUCCAGCUCCUGCAUAGUCGGCCCACUUUCCCACGGUGGCGGCCCCCCUCCUCGAGAAAAGCCUUCCCAUCGGCUCUCCUCGGUCUGCCGUGCCCAGUGGCCUUUUACCAUCUUGCCCAUUAAGACAAAGUGGGAGAAUAGAAAUUUCCACAUCCUUCUCUUUGAUCUGGAAAGUCUCACAGAACUGCUGCGCUCAUCUCAGCUCAAUGGGCUGAAGUCCUCAAACUCCCUCCACAGCUGCGAUGCUCUGGAGCGGGUCAAAAGCACAGCCGAGAAAGGGACGCUCCUGUUGAGGAGAAACAAGACCACCGGCGCUCUCUCCCCGCCCGAUGGCCCCGGAGAGGAGCAGGACUUUGGGGACGUCCCUGCGGCUGGAUGUUUGGAACAAGGUGGAGGCCUCAAGCGACAGAAGAAGGCCAAGAGCUCCAAAAAGAGGAGGCACCAGCCCUCGGGGAGAGUCAGCAUCAGUGUUGCCACGGACACAGCCAAGCUCCUCCUGGCGUGCCUCUUGCCUUGGGGGGUGGACAGGGAGACUGACAUCCUCUGCGUCCAGCAUUUAGGCAUUCCAAGGCUUCUCUGGCCAGUCUCCUUUGGACUAGUCUCCAAAGAACAUUGCCUCUCUCUGAUGUUGCCAGGAUGGAGCCACACGAAUUCUCCUCCGUGGGACCAGCACAGCCAGUCAGUCAGUGUGUUUUCCAGCAAAGUGCUGGAUUUGCGGAACAAGUACCUGAGUGCGGCCCAGGAACCCCCAGGAAAGCCCAAUGGACGUACAAAAAAUAGCGGGCCCCCGGAGGGACCCCCAACUCUCGUCUCUUUACUGAACAGGAUCUGUUUAGUCAAGAGGAUAAUUAGCAUGCCUUUGGACAAGAGCAGCACACAGAAAGUGGAGUCGGUCCGCACCAAGUGGAGAGCUACCCCGUCUGCUGGGACCACCGGCUGCCAUGAGGAGUCCUCUGAGGGCACCUUUGGAUUUCCUGCCCGUGAUGCGGAGAAUAUUUCUCUUGUAAAACUUAUUUCUUGCUGGAGAGACCAAUCCAUUGAGGUCGUUGAGGCCAUGCAAGCUGUGCUGCUGGCCGAAGUUCAGAGGAGUACAAAAAACCUGCAGACUACGUUAGCCAAUGGUCAUGGGCCAGGGCCGGCCUCUUUGGCAAAGGCAAGCAAGGAGGAGCCCAACCCUGAGCUGCCAGAAGGGCCCAAGAGCUGUCCCUUGCUAGCUGCCACCCCCGGGGUCCAGCAUGACAGCUCUUUGUCCCCUGAGAUCUCCCCAGGAGGAGAGGAGACGUCUGACGAUCAGAACAUCUUGGAAGGGACGGAUAACCGAGGUGAGAAGAAGCCCCAUCCUUGGAUGUCCAAGGUGUGUUCCUGUAAGAUGUGCUAGCAGAAAAUAUUCUUUUUCCAGCAAGAGCCAUG